GGCGCCGGGGCGGCUUCCGGCAAGAUGGCGGCGUGGAGGGCUGCGCUGGCUGCCCGCGCCCCGCUGAGGGGGCGGCUCGCCGGGCUGCGGGCCCCUCGGAGCCAGCGGCGCCCGCCCGUCUGGAGGGUCGCCGCCGCCGCCCUGGUCGGGGGAGGCUCCCUGGCGGCGUGUUACAGCGGGCGGGCGGGCGUGUUUCCGACGGUCCUGGCUCAGAAGGAAGAUGUCAUUAGUGUGGAAAAGGAUGAAAGACUGUUUCUUCGGAAGCAUCGCUUCAUGCAUUUCGCAUCAUUGGAAUAUGAAGGAGAGUAUUACAUGACACCAAGAGACUUCUUGUUCUCCGUAGUGUUUGAUCAAGUUGAACGUAAAGCCUCUGCCAAGAAACUGACAAAAAAGGAGGUAGAUGCUGCACUGCUAUUUGUUACCAAAGCUAAACCAGGACCGACCUUUUUCAGACAGCUUGGUGAUAAAGGGUUGAUAUCUUAUGCAGAGUACCUAUUUUUGCUGACAAUCCUUACGAAACCCCAGACUGGAUUUCAGAUUGCCUUUAAAAUGUUGGAUGCAGAUGGCAAUGAACAAGUUGAAAAGAAAGAAUUCUUUAAGCUACAGAAAAUCAUUGGGAAGGAAGAUGAUAUGAAAAUAGCUGGAAAUGAAACAGUAUUUCAGGGAGCAGAACUGGAAAGCUGUGGUGUUAACACCACUUUGCUGAUACAUUUCUUUGGAAAAGAAGGAAAGGAAAAACUUCGCUUUUCCGAGUUUUUCAGAUUCAUGGAAAAUCUGCAAACAGAAGUCCAAGAAAUGGAAUUCAUAAAGUUUUCAAAGGGUUUGAAUGUCAUGAGAAAAGAAGACUUUGCAGAGUGGUUGCUGUACUUCACCGAUGAGGAAAACAAUGAAAUUUACUGGCAGAAUGUGAAAGACAGAAUUGAGGCAGGAGAGAAUAUCAGUUUGGAAGAAUUCAAGACUUUUUGCAAGUUUACAAAUAACCUGGAAGACUUUUCUAUUGCCAUGAAGAUGUUUACUGUUGCAAAUCGUCCUGUUAAACGGGCUGAGUUCAAGAGAGCAGUGAAGGUGGCAACAGGACAGGAGCUCUCAGAUAAUGUUUUGGAUACCAUCUUCAAGAUUUUUGAUCUAGAUGGAGAUGACUGCCUGAGCCACAGCGAGUUUCUUGGAGUCCUGAGGAACCGAAUGCAUCGAGGUUUGAGGGUACCACAACAGCAAGGCAUUCAGGGUUACUGGAAGUGUGUGAAAAGAGAAAGCAUUAGAGGAGCCAAAGAAGUGUGGAAGCAAAUUGGGAAAAGUCCUUUUUAAAGCAGUUUAUUGUUCUUUUGCUAUAAGUGUUGUUAUUGGGGGGAGGGAAUUGUCUGUCCUGUUUACAUAAUGGCUGAAUCAGAAAUGCUGGGUUUUUUUACUGUAGUUAAACUUUAAUUAAGCUGGUUUCUAAUGCAAUGCUUUUAUAUCUUUCUAGUGCAAUCAGUUGGGUUUACAGAACUCCUAUCUUUUUUGACCUCCAUAUGGAAGUACACUUGUUCCAGGGAAUAGUGUUGUUUAUUCCUCUGUGGAGUCUGACCCUGCACUGUAGCAUACAGGGUAUGCAGGAUUUAACAGUGACCACUGGCAAGGAGCAUCAUAGCAAUGUCAUCUCCUGUUGGAAGAGUGGACAUCAUCUCAGUCACUAACACAGCAGUUCUCUUUCCCUGGUAAGAAUAGAGGGCCAAAAGGCAAAACCAUUUGCACAAUCCAUGCAGAUCAAGUUAUCCUAAAUCAAAAAGGAAAAAUCUUGUGGUUCAUGCCCGCAUUGCUGUAAACUGCUCAUGUGCUAGUUCCUGGUGGAUGAUUCCACCAGACAUCCUGUGUGGAUGUCUGGUUUGUCUACCUUCAUGAUGAUAAUAUUAAACUGGAAAUACAAGCCUGUUGAUGCAGGCUUUAAAAGUUGUACAUUAAUCUAUGAAUGUGCAUUGAGCCUCUCUGACCUCUUCAACAAAUAGUAUAAAUGAGAAGCAGAAAUCUUCAUUCUGUCAUAAAGAGCAGUCGCUACAGUUUGAGUUGUAAUUAGGUUGCUUCGAUUGUAUUGCAGAAGGUGAAUGUGUAACAAAUAGUUGCUUUAUCUUAGUAAAGGUGGUGAUAAGGAAUGCUACACUGUAUCAGAAAUUCAAGGCUAUAAUAAGCAACUGUCAGGGGAAAAAUAAAUCCAGUGAAAAAAAAAAAUAAAGCUUAUUAUUCCAAAAUGUGAUGUUAGACAUAAGAUAAACAAUCAAAAAAAGAACACAUCAAAAUUAACAUUUAGCAAUUAUAGAUGAACAUGUUUUAGCUAUAACAUAGUGUGCACCUGUGUAUACACAGGGGUGCAUAUUACAUGAUUUUUCUGUCUUACAGCCUUAGGAGCAGGUAGUCCCAGGUCCAGAUCAGUCUUCCUGGUUGGCCACUAUAUAUAGAAGAUAGACUUACCUGUAAAGCUCUCAAGGUUCUUCAUUUUUCCCCCUCCCAGUUGUCUGACUUGUCUCAGCUGGGAUGAAAGUUUAACCUUUUUAAGUCAGGUAUGUGAUAACAGACUGAGAGGAUGGAGUGGGGAAAUAUCUCAAGAAAAACAACCAAGUAAUCUCACCACUAUGCAAAGAAGUAUCCACCCCUUUUAAGAAUGACACUGGCUGUGUUGUUCUGGAAGUUGUAUAUAAGCUCCUGAGGAGGUGUUUUGUUGUGAUGUCUGUAGGAUUUGAUGGGGGGAGCCUUGAGGGGAACCUUCUGUGAUAGAUAUUACAGAAGCCCUCACUCAUAUGAGGGACAGGAGACAAUACAUUAGGAAAUCAUAAAGAUGCCACCUAAGGAGUACUGAGGUUAGCAAGAGUAUAUUUGGUAUGUCAGGAGCUGUCAGGCAAGCUUUUGCUGAGUAAGAGUCCUCCCACCUGAACCUCAGCACAGUGGUCUCAUGUAGGGAAACAGAGUGAGAAGCUAGCAAUGCAGCAGUGGGCAGCUCUUCCCUCCACAGCCUUCACUUGGAGCUUUAAUUUAAAUUGUGAACAGACAACAUGUUUGUAUUCUUGUCAUCUGUGGACGUGCACCUAGAGUCACCCACCAGAACAUGCCUGUGUGGGCAUUCCAAGAUGUGUUUAGGAGAUCAGGCACCAGUGACCACCAAGGAUCCCUUUACUUCCCCAGGAAACCAUCAGAAUGAAAUAAAAUGCAGUGAAUGUCUCAGGCUCCCCCCCUCAAACUGAACUCAUGCACUGCUCUGAGGGCAACAGGAAAUUAGGUAGCCGGUUCACUUUGUGUGUUUGGAAGCUGCUUGCUGCUGCUGGAGAUGGGCACCAGAAGAAGGAGAUAGUUUAUAGGAGCAAAGGAGGGGCAGUGGGACUGGCAUCCAAGCCCUGCAGCCAGCUUCCCAUCACCAGGUCGUAAAGGGCACAAGCAAGCAAGACACACCUGUAUCACAGAGGUGUGUGUGUUCACACAAAGUGUGCUUUGUUCCAGCUCUGCCUUUAAUGCAAGGCUGCCUUUUAUUUGUUGCUGUUAAUAUUUUGGCAAAUUGUUUUUACUUUGAAAUUGAGAUUAAUCUUUAGCAUUUUAUUCUGUGUAAUGUUCACAGGUUUAUUAUGUUCUUUAUUUCUUUCGUGGUUUCUUUUGUUUACCAAUGUCUUGCUUCCUACAGCCUGUUUGAUUUUCUUUUGGAAAAAGUCAGUUAUUUUAGGUUUUGUGUAUAUAAAAGUGUAAUUUCUCAUUGCUUAUUGGUAUGUGGGUUUGUUCAAUCAGUAGUUACCUGCUUUUAGCAGCAAAUUACUAAAAAUGGGAUUUCAAGUUCUGUUUUGUAGCAACAGCUUUCAUGUCAAGUUCAGAGGAAAAAGAGAAGAGAUAUGCUUAUUUCUAAACUAAUUAAAAUAUUGAUUAGGAGUUAUAAUACAGUUAUGAAACAUUUUCAGAAGUUAUCGUAAAAGUACAGCCAGGAAGGAACUCCUUGGAAGACUUGUCCAUCAGGCUUCAAGUAUCAUACUCUGUUCAAUUUUAUAGUCCAUUUUUGUUUGUCUUAACUAAAAGGCUUUACAAACAGUCUUAAAAUAAUUUAUGAUGUACUCAUUUCUCAUAAUCUUACGUUGAGCGAGCUGUUUAUGUAAGUAUUUAGAUUCACCUUCUUUUAAGGAAUCAUCCCAAUUUUAGCAUUAGAUGUUUUAUGUCCUUGUAGUAACAGUAUGGGAUUUGCAACCUGUUUGUCAGCAUUACUCAACACAAUUUAGUUACAAGUUUAUGCCUUCUGCCAAUCUAUCAGUUAAACUUACCAAUUAUGAUUUUUUUUUUUAAUGUUAGGAACUUUUCCUCUGAACAGGAAUAUAUAGAAAAAGCAAAUAAAAUUAACUUUUUUAAAAAUCUCCAA